UCUGACCACUUUUCAACGCUGUUGCUACGAGAGAAGAAAAAAACUCCGGAAGCAAGGCCCCAAAAUCAAAACACGUUUUUAUAUCUCGCCCCGUUAAAUAUUUUGCCAAUAACGCGUUCUAAUUUUAAACUUUAAAACAUAUGUCAUGUAACCUUAUUAUCAUUUUGGUGCACAAGCAGUUCCUUUCAUAAUGGACGAGGGCGACGUGGAGACGCCGGAGGAGAGCUUACUUAAGCAGCAUCGUAAGGAGAAGAAGGACCUGCAAGCCAAAAUCCAGGGCAUGAAAAACAGCGUCCCCAAAAACGACAAGAAGAGGCGGAAGCAGAUGACGGAGGAGAUCGCCAAGAUGGAGGCCGAGCUGGACCAGAAGCACGACGAGGAGCGACGGCGGCUCCGGUCCGCGUCCGACGCCGAGGUACCGCUCCGGUCCGGCGCUUUGAAGGCACUCCCGUCCACCAGGGGGUGCUCCCUUGAGGUGGAGGAGGUGGCGAACGGGGUGGAGGCGCUGGCGGUGGAGCAGCUGCCCCGGGUCACCAAAGCCCAGAAGAGAAGGGACAAGAAAGCAGCCCAGGAGCGCGAGCGCGAGAGCAGGAUCGCCGAGGCCGAGGUGCAAAACCUGCUGGGAGAGCGCCACCUGGAGGGCGUCAAGCUGGCGGAGAAGCUGGCGCGGCGAGGGCUCCAAAUCAAGGAGAUCCCCACCGACGGGCACUGCAUGUACCGCGCCGUCCAGGACCAGCUGCUGCGGCGGGACAAGCCCGAGUUGAGCGUGAAGGAGCUGCGACGCCGCACGGCGGCGCACAUGCGGAGCCACGCCGAUGACUUCCUGCCGUUCCUCAGCAACGCCGACACGGGCGACGUGUACACGGCAGAUGACUUUGAGAAGUACUGCAGCGACGUGGAGCACACGGCGGCGUGGGGGGGCCAGCUGGAACUGCAAGCGCUGAGCAAAAUCCUCCAGCUGCCCAUCGAAGUGGUGCAGGCCGACUCGCCCGCCGUCACCGUCGGCGACGAGCACGCCGGCGACGCGCUCACGCUCGUCUACAUGCGUCACGCCUACGGGCUCGGGGAGCACUACAACUCGGCGGAGCGGCUCAAGGAGCGGCCCGACGACAGCUGAGAGGCGCCGCGGCGCCGACCCGGAAGUCGAAAGCGGUCGUCGGCGGCGGCGGCGGCGGCGAGGAGCGAGAGCACAUUCGAGGAUGAAUAAAAUAUAAACGUGU